AUGCUCGCCUGGCUCUUGCUUCCGGGCCUCACGGCCGCCGCUUCGCUGCCCAUGCUGCCGCUGAACUACAAGUACGGCGGGUACCCGAAGAUAUCUGCCGACAUCAAGCUGGGCGAGCCGGCUCAGCAUGUCAUUGAGACGGUGGUCGACCUUGGGAGCGCGGAUUUCUGGGUCUACGGCCCCAAUGCCACCAUCUUCUACGGGAGCCCGUACCUGGGAGUAGAGGGCCCUUGCAACGUCACGGCAGAGCCCUACUUCAACUACCCCGAAUCCUCCACCGCCUCCGCGCCCGACAACAAUUCACGAAGCUACUCCUACGGCGGCCACUCCAAAAUAGUCUCCGCCUACUACUCCAUCAACGACACCCUCUCCUUCGCCACCGCCUCCUACCCCUCCCUCCCCAACACGCGCGUCGAGCUCUCCAACAAGACGCUCCUCCGCCAGCGCGCCGACGUCUGCACCGGCAUCGAGUACGAAAAGGCCAUCCUCGGCCUCGCCGCCUACUCGGCCAGCACCGGCGGGCCCAACCUGCGCCGCGACCUCGUCGACUCCGGCCGCGUGCCCUCUUCCGCCCUGAGUCUCUGGUUCGACGCUCCGCCCGCCGACGUCAAGAGCACGUACCGCGGCAGCGCGCUGUUCGGCGGCGUGCCCAAGGACAAGUACGCCGGUCCGCUCGUUAGCGUGCAGACCAGCGCGUCGCAAAAUGACGGCUUGUACUAUCUCGCGGCGCCGACAUUCACAGUCACGCCCCCGAACGGCACGGCGAAGAAAGAGCUCCCCUACGACAAAGCCGCCACGCAAGCCUGCCUCGUCGAUUCGGGCACCGGCACCGAAAACCUCCCCUUCGAGGCCGCCGCGCUGUACGCCGCGCUGGGCCUGAUCGAGUUCCAGGGCCGGCCCGCCUUCAACGCGCCCUGCGCGGCUAUCCCCGCAAACCUGACACUCGACUACGCCUUCCCGGCCGCGAGCAACGGCAACAAAACCGUCACGGUCCGCGUCCCGCUCCGCAGCUACGCGCGCGGCAUCUCGGACGCGUUUAGCGACGGCUCGGUCUGUGGCUUGAGCUUUACGCUCGGCAGCGUCGGCAGCUGCGUCCUCGGCGCGCCGUUUUUCACUGCCGCGUUUCUGGCACUCAGUGAUGAAGGGGAGGGGGGGAAGACGGAGGUCGCGCUCGCGCAGGGAGGCGUUUCGAAUGGGGCGGAGGAGGGUGCGGUCGGGGAGGUGGUGGUUGUUGGGAGGGGAGAGGGUCUGCCGGUGGAUUUCUAG